UUAUCAUCGGUCACUCCCUUGUCUCCCACCAUUUCGCUCCAACAAAGGGUAAAGGUAAAGGUAAAGGUUUGCUUACGCUGCAAGUAGAACACCCUCCAUCCGCGCGAACAUGGCCUCUCUGCUCGCUCUCUUACUCCUCUUCAACCUCGCUUCACUUCACGUUUCAGCCGGGAUCGUUCUCGAGGACGGGUACACAGUGAGCACAGUGAUCGACGGCCACAAGCUAAACAUAAAUCCACACUCGAUCCUUCCUCGAUUCGGUUCGUCUGAUUUCGUGGUCCUUGAUUCCGCCGGUAGUGCCUUCUACACUGUUUCUUUUCCCAUAUCCAAAGAGAGUGCGGUGAAACCGUUAUCCGGAGAUGGGGUUCAUGAGUAUUCGGACGGGGAAUCGGGUUCGGCACGUUUCAAUAAGCCCGGGAGCUUUGCAGUUGAUCUAAAAGGGAAUGUCUAUGUCGCUGAUACUAAGAAGAAAAGCCGUGUCAUUCGAAAGAUUAGUGACUCAGGUGUGACAACAAUUGCUGGAGGAUACUCAGAGAAGCCAGGCCGUGAGGAUGGACCUGCACAGAAUGCGUCAUUCUCGGAUGAUUUUGAGAUAUCUUUUGUUCCCGAAAUAUGCGCCUUACUGAUUUCAGAUCAUGGGAAUCAAUUGGUCCGCCAAAUUGGUCUCAAGGCCGAGGAUUGUGCCAGUGGUUCUAAAGUUGCAACGGGAGCAAUUUCAAUUUGGGUUCUGGGAUUGGGACUUUCCUGUUUACUUGGAUUUAUUGUUGGGAUUGCCAUUCGCCCUUAUAUCAUCCCUCGUCGAGGCUACAGCCCCCUCAGUUUCAGCAAGACAUGGAAGCAUUGCCUAACCCUUCUGGAGAAACCAGUACUGAUACUCUGCUUCGACAUCAAAAGCGCAGUUGCUAGCUCCUCGCAUUACGCACUCUUAAGGAGACUCUUUUGGUUGAGCCUCUCUCAUCUCACUCUUCUGUUUAGGAUUAACAAAGCAAAAUAUCCAAUCUUGCGUAAGGAAUCUGUAUCUUUAAUCGACUCUGAUGACAUAAGUAGUAGUAGUAGUAGUAUAACAAAGUCAGACAUCUAUGCUGAGCAGUUGAAGGAUUUGGUAGCCUUUGAUGGAAGCCUGGAUUUGUUAAGCAUGGCUGACAAACUCAACCAAGAUGAUUAUAGUAAGGAGGGAACCCAUGUUUUGUCCGACUGCCAUGGAACAAUAGAUGCUAUGAUACAGGCUAACAUCAUGGGUUUCGUAGAGCCAUCUAAAGAAACAACCCCAGUGGAGGGGUCUUUGUUAGCUGCCACUCCGGGUUUGGUUAAGCGGAGAAGCAAAUAAUCAAAAGGCAAACUCCUUGUGUAUUUAGUUCUAUGACUUGUUAAUGACCAUUGCUGACAAUACCUAUCUCCCUUUAAUUCCUUGUGAUAUUUUUUGGUUU